GCAUCACUUGCCUUCUGAUAGCUUUCUUUGUAGUGGAACUGCUUUGUGGUGUGUGGCGUCUCCUAUUAAAUCUGCGCAAAGAACAAGUGCUGAAGGAUUGCAAUAAACCAUAUCUGUACAGCUCUCUUGCUUGAGAAAGACAACUUUUGAACCAUGGCGAACCAGCAGGACGUAAUGGGAAAAAACAAAAGAGAAUGCCUCCAGGCCUAUAGCUGGUGGAGAGGACCACAGAAAAAACGAAAGAAAAAGAACAAAAUAAAAGCAGGAAGAAUAGAGUUUGUUAGUAGUUCAGCCAGACCGGAUUAUUCAAUAUUUGUUGGGGAGCUUACCCCAGAAGUGGAUGACUUCCAGCUCUAUGACUAUUUCCUGAAGAGGUACCCUUCAUGUAUUGACUGCAAAAUAGCAACGGAUCUACUGGGAUAUUCCAGAGGGUAUGCCUUUGUCAGAUUUGGUGAACAAGGUGAUCAGAUGAGGGCACUGCAAGACUGCCAGAAUGCGCCAGGUCUGGGGGGAAAACGAAUUCGGCUGAGCAUAGGAAUUUCUAAAAGGCUGAAAGCAGAAUUCCAGCGGUACCAGUCGUAUAACUAUAAUGAUUAUUACCAAGAUUAUCAGAACUACUACUCACAGUGGAGUUAUGAUCCUUAUGCUGAUUACAACUAUGGCUCCUAUGCUCCCUAUGAUAGCAUGCAAGCUGUUGGAGACUGCUCUUUAGGAGAUGCUGUUAUGGCUCCAGCUGUUUUUGAGGAGACUUCAGCUAUGGCUGAAAUCAAUGAUGACCUAAUAAUUGAAGAUCCACAACUUCACUUGGAUAUUGAUGAAAUGAACAGACAGUUUAUGGAGACAAGUGAAGAACUUUAUGAUUCGCUCAUGAAUUGUCACUGGCAACCUCUGGAUACGGUCACUUCUGACAUCCCCUUUGCUAUUUAAGUGUCUUAUAUAGCAUGACCGUUAUGACCAAGGUGCUAAAACUACAUUUCUCCUACAUUACUCUAGAUCAUAAGUUUUAAAGCACAAUGAUAAGUUGGGUUUUUUUGCUAUGCUUUUGACAGAUCCUGUAAUCUUUUUUGUUCAUCACUCUACUCUCGAAGCAUCUUGAAAUCAUGUAAAUAUUCUAGAAAUGUAAAGAGUUAAAUGGGGUCUAAAGAUAGACUUGCCUGUGUAAAUAAAAUUUUGUUUCUGCAAACCUGCCAGCAAGGGAUUUUA